UAAAAAAAGGAAGGAGGAAGGAAUUCAAAUACGUAGUACUUGGGUUUUUUUUUUUUAUUAUUAUUUAUAUACUUCCUUGAUCCUCAAGAAAGCGAGUACAACUUGCAAAAAGGAUAUAAAAAUGACAAGCAAAACCUUAAACAUUAGGAAAAACCAGCGGCCAAGGAAACGCCAAGUCACCUUUUUUAUUAUUUAACAUUAAGAUAACUGACGUCAUCAAAUAUGUAAUAAUCUUUUACGGAGUAGCAUGAGAACUUUAUAUUAUUAAUUUAAUUUUUUGAAGAUUUCUUAGUAUUGAAAUUUCUCCUGUUCACGUCCAAAACUACAAGGUAAAAUUUUCCAUCAAUUCUUUGCAAAACCUCUCUUAAAACCCCUCAAAUUCUGUAAAAUUACAGCUUAGUAAUAAAGCCAUGUCAUUUGGAACCGAAGAUCAAGUUGAAAGGAAGAAAAGAAGGCUGAAUGCAAGUAUUGAAGUUUCGGAAACACUAGCAAAAUGGAGGAGUGAAAAGGUGUUGAAUGAUUCAAGAAAGGCGGAGUUUGGAACAAAGAAGAAUCAGAAGCCAAAGGGUUCGAGGAGGGGUUGUAUGAAAGGAAAAGGCGGUCCAGAGAACUCAAGCUGCAGAUACAGAGGUGUUAGGCAGAGGGUUUGGGGUAAAUGGGUGGCCGAAAUCCGCAAACCAUGCUCUAGUGAGCUAGAAAUCAGUGGUAAUAAAGUAAAACGUUUAUGGUUAGGAACCUUCUCAACUGCCAUUGAAGCUGCUCAAGCUUAUGAUGAGGCUGCACGGGUUCUUUAUGGUGCUUCAGCCACUCUCAAUUUUCCUGACAGUGUAUCAGUAUCAACAAGUUCAUCUGUUUGCGGAUCAUCAUCAGAAAGAAAUGUUAAUUCUGUAGUAAGACAUUACGUGGAUUCACUGCCUGAAUGUGAUGAUGACAGUGAGCCAAAUUUCAAGGAGAGCCAUAAAAAAAAUAUGGUUAAGGGCGCUAUAAAGGAAGGGAUUGAUGAUCUAGAAGGCAAAGUGAUAAGUAACAGGAAGCCUUGCAGUAUUGCUGAUGUUGAGAGUGCAGUGCAGGAAGAACAAAAUGAAGCAACAAGCGCUAGAGAUUGGAAGGAAGGGUUAGUUAAAUCAAUGGAAAUUGUGACUUUGGAUCAAUCGAGUCCUGAUUGUGAUCAGAGACCUUCAGAGAAUCUCCCUUCACCAGACAUGCUGUGUGGAAACUGGCGACAACAGGAAGCAGGUUCACUGGAUUUGGAUGAUGCUACUGGUUUAAUCAACUUCAAUGAAGAUUCAAUUGAUUUUGGUGAUUUAACUAAUUUAAUCAACUUUGAAGAAGCUUUUUUCAAUUUUGAUGAUUUUGCUGAUCUAUCAGAUUUGAUAGGGACACAGACACCCAAGAAUUGUUGAAAGUCUCAUUACUUACCUCUAAGCUAAUCAGUAAGCAUUACUGUUGGUUACUGUAAUCAAUUUAACUAGUUUCUUAAAAAAUAGGUGCCAUUCUAGCAUAGU